AUUAGCAGCAUCGGUUCCCGCCGGGGUGGAGUUUGUUAUUGCGCCGGAUUUGAAAGCAGCCGCUGUAAACCGCUGCGGGCCUGUGGAGCAGCUGGAUUCCUGCAAGGUCCUAUAG